AUGGCAAGAUCGCUCAAGGCGAUCUUGAACUUGGCAUUGCUGACUCUUCUAGCAGCUUUGCUUGAGGGCUGUGAAACAGCCACUCCAGAAGAGAGGCAGUCAAGCACCACCUGGAUUUUAGUCUUUGCCGUUAUUUUCCUUAUCGGCUUCCUGUUCAUACUGAGCACAUCGCUGGUCUACGAUCAACUUGAGAAUGGAAGACCAACCGCCAUUCUGGGCCUGCUGAUUUCCUGCGGGUGUCUGAUUCCCAGCCUGGCAUUGUGGAUAGCCUACGUUGGGCAGCGAGAGACUCUGGAGUCGGUGCCAGAGCAAUGGCAGACGGACGGAGCCAUCCUCCUCACCUUCGCCAUCGGCUGCACCCUCGUGUUCAUCUUCGCGGGCCUCUCCUUGGGUCACCUUGCGAUGAUCGCCGACGCCACGAACAAGAAAGCGCUGAUGCCAUGGGUACUCAUGCACGGGGUGUUUGGCAUGAUUAGUCUGGCCGCGAGCUUCUCCCUGUGGAUCUCAGUUGCAGGGCAUGAGGGUGGGACGAAUUGCGCCAAGUUGCAGGAUAAGUCCGGCUCCUGGCGGAUUUUCGGCCUCGGAAUGCUGCCAUCAGCUCAUGUCGUCGACGAUGACUACGACGGUCACUCAGACAACUACUCGGUGUGCUCCAUGCUGGACACCGAAGAAAGAACCGAAUCCGAUUGCUCUCGCCAGGCAGCGUGCAUCUGGGAAGAUGCCGAGCUCACCUACGCCUAUCAAUGCCGGCCGGCAGAAAGCCAAGACGCCAUCUCCGUGGGCUUGUGCGCUGGAUACUUGUCCAAGUCGUCAUGUAACGAGCAGAUCAUUUGCAAGUGGCAGCUUCUACCCCUUGGCGAAGAGCGAUGUAGCAAUGGGGGAACUUGGCGUGGCUGUAUCAGCAGCAUACCAGCCCUCGACCACCUCUGCAGUGAGUUCAAGACAUCACCUGAUUGUGCAACAGACCGUUUCUGGGUGUUUUUGUGGCGGAACUUUCUAAGUCGCUCCUUUCAGAAGCGGCAGUGGCUGCACCGGGCCUAUCAGACCAGGAGCGAUCAGUUUCGUUGCGCGUCGACUGGCCUGGAUGUUGCCUGCAGCGAUUGGCUCCGCUUAAAGGAGACGGCUGAGGUGAUGUAUGAAGCCGAGCUUGGUGGAACCAUCGUCGACUUUUUGGCCUUUUUCCUUGGCCUGGCGAUCAGCUUCAGCAUCCACAAAAUGUCCAACUUCUACGGUUAUCGUCGCUUUGCGCUUUUUGCUCUUGUCGUGAGCUUUCUGGCCGACCUUACGCUGGAAGCGAUUCUGUCAUCCUCCGUGUCGGCGGCAGCCAACGUUCUUGACCGAUUCAAGGAUUGUGCUUCCCAAGAGACGAACGGCGACAGCUCGUUCACAAAGAUGAAGGGCACGGCCGACUGGAUUCGCGUACUCGCCUUCGCAAAUAUCAUCAUCGCUUCAAUCGGUCUCUGCGGUGACAUCGCGGGAGCGGCCCUGGACUGGAGUCGAGAUCCGGCUAUCAAGGCUGGACUUCUACUGGUAACUCACGGUGCCGGUGGCCUGGAGGCGGUCCUUGGACUCUUCAGCUGGCGUCUCAACACCGAGCCGUUCAUUGAAGAGCUCCACGCUGUGGAGGUGGCGGCCUUGGGCCUUGAGAAGUUGGAACGCGGACGGGGUCAGAUGUGCUUCACCAGGCAUCCCGACUUAUCCGGGCCUGAACUGGUCAGCAUGGACUGGAGUAACCCCAUCAUCUACAUCCUGCUGCCCGGCACCCUGACGCUGGUCUCUUUGUCCUUGGCACUCGUGCUUGCUCUUUGCGGGCCAAGAUCGGCAAGGGAGGUGCAGGAGAUGGAGUUGCGUACAGGCCGGCGCCGAGUGAGACCGGCUCCUGUAAUGGAGUUUGAGAAGCCCACCCCGCCUGGCAAGCCCCGACAGCCAGAGGCCGUCGCGCCAAAGGGGCAAGCGCCGCCACCCCUUAACCCUACCAAGACUGCGCCUGACAAGCCCCGGCAGCCAGAGGCCGUCGCGCCAAAGGGGCAAGCGCCGCCACCCCUUAACCCUACCAAGACUGCGCCUGACAAGCCCCGGCAGCCAGAGGCCGUCGCGCCGAAGGGGCAAGCGCCGCCACCCCUGAACACUGUGCCCGAGCAGCCCGGACAGCCAGAGGCCGUCGCACCAAAAGGGGAAACAUUUCCACCCAUGAACCCUGUGCCCGACCAGCCCCGACAGCCAGAGGCCGUCGCACCAAAGGAGGAAGCACCUCCACCCAUGAACCCUGUGCCCGACCAGCCCCGACAGCCAGAGGCCGUCGCACCAAAGGAGGAAGCACCUCCACCCAUGAACCUUGCGCCCGACCAGCCCCGACAGCUAGAGGCCGUCGCACCAAACGAGGAAGCACCUCCACUUCUGAACCUUGCCAAGACUGCGCCGGACAAGCCCCGACAGCCAGAGGCCUGGGCGCCAAAGGGGAAA